UAAAAUCUCCCCGUCCAGUAAAAAGAGAAGCAAAUUUGUCAUAAAAUCAGGAUCAUUUUAGUCUAGAAAAUGGAAUAAUGAGUAUCGUCCAAACGCGUCAUCCGUCUCGCGUACCGCGUGCAAAUGGAAAUUUCCAAGAACACUCAAAAUCCUGAUGCAGAAAUUCAAUAUAUGAGUUUUGUAUGUAGUUAUGGAGAUGGAGAUACUGCAUAGCUUGCGCACAGAAACUUCCAACUGAUUUCAUUUCUUUAAAUUAUCUCACAAAAAAUUUCACAGUGUUGAGUAAGAAGAGAGUAUUAAAUGAAGUGUGUUUUUCAGUCCGCGUAAAAAUCAAAGUCCUUUUCUUUGAUUUUUUAUUUUUCCUCUACCGAGAAUCCUGAAACCCCUUUUUGCUUUUCGAGAAUCCCUUUUACUUGAGAGCUUUUUUCCAGUGAUCAGAAUUCGUCAGCCAUCGAUCUAAACAUGCAUAGAGAGUUGUACCUCAAAGCAUUGGUGUUGUUCCUUUUGACAUGGAUUGCAGCUGCCGCAUACCAGCCUCACACAAUCAGCAAAAGCAUCUUCAAAUCUGGCAGAAGCUUUCGCUCCUCCGUGAUUUUCCCUGUCUCUGGAAAUGUUUAUCCAAAAGGGUACUAUCAUGUAACAAUGAAUGUGGGCCAGCCUCCCAAACCAUACUUUCUUGAUAUCGAUACUGGCAGUGACCUUACAUGGCUUCAGUGUGAUGCACCUUGCACGAAAUGCACCCCGGCUCCUCACAGUCUUUACAAACCCAAAAGAAACCUUAUCACAUGCCUCGACCCUGUGUGUGUCUCGCUUAAUGGCCCAGGGAACCCGAAAUGUCAAUCACCGGAGGAGCAGUGUGAUUACGAGGUUGAUUAUGCCGACCAUGGUUCAUCUUUGGGCGUGAUGGUUAAGGACUCGUUUCCUCUAAGAUUUACCAAUGGUACCAUUGUUGCUCCAAAGCUGGCAUUUGGAUGUGGAUACAACCAAGAAGUUCAAGACACUGCCCAUCUACCUUACACUGAUGGAGUCCUCGGACUAGGCAUUGGCAAAUCGAGCAUCUUAGCUCAGCUACGGAACAUGGGUUUGAUACGAAAUGUCAUUGGUCACUGUCUGAGCCGACAAGGUGGAGGGUUUCUCUUCUUUGGAGAUGAUUUUCUCCCUGAUUCAGGGAUCGUUUGGACACCAUUAUUGAGCAAAUCGAAAUACUACUCUUUAGGACCCGCGAACCUCCAGAUUGGUGGCCAAGCUACUAAUAUUAAGGGCCUUCCCAUAGUUUUCGAUAGUGGAAGCACUUAUACUUACUUCAGCUCUCAAGCAUACAACGCUCUGGUUUCUUUGAUAAAAGGCAGCUUAAACGAGAAGCAACUGACAGAUGCAGCUGAGGAUGAAAGCCUUCCCAUCUGUUGGAAAGGUGCUAAACCCUUCAAAUCGAUUCUUGAUGCUGCUAACUACUUCAAGCCUUUGGCUCUGAGCUUCACAAAUGCCAAAAAUGUUCAGCUUCAGCUGCCUCCGGAAUCUUACCUUGUCGUUACAGAACAAGGGAGUGUCUGCUUAGGCAUUCUGAACGGUGGAGAGGUCGGGUUAGAAGAUAUGAACGUGAUCGGAGACAUUUUUCUGCAGGACAAACUGGUGAUCUACGACAACGAGAGGCAGCAAGUGGGAUGGGCGCCAGCAAACUGCAACAAGCUUCCAAACGUGGAUCGUGAUUACAAGGGGGAUUUUGAUCUGCUUAAUGAUGCCGGCAUUGAUGGUAUCUUGGGAGAUGUUUGCCCCGCGAGAUUCAGAUUCUGGAAGCGUUAGGCGCAGAGGUGAUUCGUAGCAGAUAUAUUGUUGUUAGUGUUUAGUAAAUAUAGCAAUAAUCUUUGAAUGUUAAUAAAUGUGUAGUAGAUGCAUAGAACAUGGUGGAUGUGUAACAAAAUUAUUUGGGCUUUUAGAUUAACAUUCGAAUCUUGUUUGUAUAGCAUAAUGUUGUUUCAUUACGGCUGUGUAAUUUCUAAUCAAAUGGACAGAAUGUUUUGUGGUGGGGAGAUUCACAAAA